UUUGCUAGCCAGCUGACUCGAGUUUGGCAUUUCGAUGCUGGAAACGGGGAAUUCUUUUUUCCCUUUUGCUCCGGUGGGCACUGAAUCCCGUCCGGUUUUUUUUUAAGAGAGGGAGAGAAUUGCUUGGAGCCGAAAGACCAGAUAAGGGCGGCAGUGAGCAGGAACUGCAAGUGCUGUGUAAAAUUGCAAGAGGAGGCAGAGGAAGCUGAUUUGAUGUUUCACAUGUAACCACAUCCGUGAUUUUAGUAGAAGACAUUCAGUUACUCUCUCUCUCUGACAGACACACACGUCUCCCUUUUUUUUUAAAGUUUCCCUCCAUUUUGUGACAAGCUGCAGGAUAGUAACAUCAGCAAAGCGUUUUGUUUCUGAUGGCUUUCAGUCCCUGGCAGAUCCUGUCCCCCAUUCAGUGGGCCAAGUGGACAUGGUCUGUGGUGAGACCAGGGCCAGGAGCUGAGGACAAUGAAGGGGAAGACUCCAACCCUGAAGAGAAAAGCUCGGACUCCGAAGCGAAUUUCGAGACCCCGGAAGGUGAGACACCUGUCCAAGACCAGCCGGAGAUAGAUGAGGAAGAAAGGCCAGCGACACACCAGGCAGUAGACUUGCACCCUGAAGACGAACAGUUGUUAGCAGAAUCGCCACUGCCUCUAAAGAGCCCGGCUGAGAGUCGCACAUUGCUGGAGUCAACCCAGGAUCAUGCUUCACAUAGCAUCAAGCCUCGUGAUCGAGUAGGACUUGGUAUCACUGACAGUACAGCUUCAGCCCACACCAUCAGUGCCAGUCGGUGCUCUGAGGUACAAAACGCUCUGGAAGUUAAGGAAACUGCAGAUGAAGUAAGAACAGGCAGAGAUUGUCCACCAAUUUCCCUCACACGUUCCUUGCUGCUGCCAGACAGCACAUCAGAAAACCUGGGGACCAGUGUCCAAGGAAGAGAGAUGACUGUGCCUGAGGAAGAAGUACCAGCCAUGGACCAAAAGGCAGAGGCCUUGGAUAUACAGACUCUACCUGGUAUCACCGAGUCAAAAAAGGCAAAACCUCCUGUCCUGGAAGUUGAGACUGUGGACGGUGGGGCAUCAGUAAAAGAUAGUGUCGUAAUGAAAAGGACAUCAGGCUGUAAUUCUGACCCGAGUGAUUUUCCUGAGAUUAAGAACCUUUCUAACACGGGAAUGUCAGGGAUUCAACCAUCGCCCCCGGUUCACGGACAGCCCUCUCUCUCAGCGAAUGCAGCAGAUGUGGAUGAGCCGGGACCACAAGAAGAACACAAAGACUUAGCACUGAAGCUGGAGUUUGACUUCUCAGAAGAUAAGGAAAAUGCAGAGGGGAGGGUGCCAGUGCCAAGGAAAGUGGGUAAAAAGCCUGGCAGCAUGUCCAGUGGGAAGAAACAAAGAACAGCAGUCUUGAAGGCCAGUGCUUCUGAAGAAAAAGACAUCACUCCCACCACCAACUUUGAUGACAUUCCCAUUCCAAACAAGUCCUACAAUUUGGAUUCUACCAAGUGGGAUGAUCCCAAUUUCAACCCAUUCGGCAGCUCCUCUCAUCUCCAGAACUCUCCCACGCAGCCAAAGGCCUCGUAUACAUUUGAUCCUGAUUGCUUGGAUUCAAUUGACCCUUUCAAGCCCACCAAAACGUUAGCCAACACAUUGGAGCCCCCUGCUCCCUUGGAGCCAGAGACUGCCAGGACUGAACAGCCCACUGUGGAGGGAGCACCCGAUGUGGGGAAAGCGGCACAAGAGUCACCCAAGAAGAACAAGCCCCGAGUGAUAACGAAUGCUUGCCGAGUGAAGAAAUAUGAAAACCAGUCUCUGGUGUUGGAUGUUUGCGACCAGGAUGCUGAGCCCAUUGAAAGGUGUGAUGUCCCUGACCUUGCCCAUAGAGAGAGGCAUGCCACUGAUGAAGAGAAACUGGCUUCCACCACAUCCGUCAAUCAAAAACAGCCCUGCCAAGACACAAAAGCUCAAGUGGAAGAUGACACAGAGUACUUUGAAUGCUCCAACCAUCCAGCGACUGCCACUAAACCAGAAUUAUUAGACCCUUUGGAAGGUUUGGCUAAGUCCAAAGAAAUAGACCAGCAGGAAAAAAAUGCACUCUUGUCACCUCAAAUUCCAGCCCCUGGGGUGUGCAGCAUGGAAAGCAUCCUCUCGUUUAAAGCACUUCUGAGUGAGAUGGAAGGGUCAGUGGGCAACGAGCUGAACAACAUCCAGGCAGACAAGACCGCUGUCCUGAGUUUAAUCAGAGAAGAGAUUGCAGCUAAGGAACUAGAGGCAAAUGAAUGGAAACAAAAAUAUGAAGACAGUCGACAAGAAGUCAUUGAAAUGAGAAGGAUUGUUGCGGAGUAUGAAAAAACCAUUGCACAGAUGAUUGAAGAUGAACAAAAGAACAAAAUGGUUUCUCAGACAUCCAUUCAGCAGCUGAUUACAGAAAAGGACCAGGCUUUGGCAGAUCUUAAUUCAGUGGAGAGGUCCUUAUCAGAUCUUUUCAGGAGAUACGAGAACAUGAAGAGUGUACUAGAGGGAUUCAAGAAGAAUGAAGAAGUAUUGAAGAAAUGUGCCCAAGAUUACUUGGCUAGAGUCAAACAAGAGGAGCAAAGAUACCAAGCUCUUAAACUCCAUGCUGAAGAAAAACUAGACAAGGCCAAUGAGGAGAUCGCCCAAGUGCGUGCUAAGGCCAAUGCAGAGGGAGCAGCCCUGCAAGCCAGCUUGCGAAAGGAACAAAUGAAAGUGGAUUCCAUGGAAAGGACAAUUCAGCAGAAGAACCAAGAGAUUGAGGAACUGACCAAGAUUUGUGACGAGCUGAUUGCCAAGCUAGGGAAAACUGAAUGAAGGCUGCAAACCCAAAAAUGGACAUUGCACGAUAAAGCUUCCUGCAGACCUUUGUUCCUACAGCACGCUGCCUUACUUAGAAAUAAUAUCCAACUCUAAUGCAUCUCGCCCCUGAAGUGGCAACACCCAGUAGUCUGCACAGCACAUAUGGAUCUGUCUUCAUGCACUGUUUACUGCACAAAUACAAAAAGUUGCCAAAACAUUCCCACAGUUGGCGGCGCCCAUUUUCUGACAUGUAAUUUGCUUUGCCAACACAUCAUCCUCAUCUUUGUCACCCAGCGGUAUUUAAAACUUCAACUAAAUAUAGAAUGCUUAAAGGUGCCAUCCAGUUACUACGUGUAAUUAUGGUGCCAGCCUUUUAUCUUCAGUUAUGCUUCCUGCAGUUUGCUCCAACUGAUGGUUAACCUAGACUGAGAGAGAUGGCCUUCUUCAGUGGAAUGUUUCAAUGUCACAGCUCUCAAGGUUCACUUUUCUGAAAUGAGAGCUUUGACAGUCAGUGCCAUGUUUUUUGUUUGAGUUCUUCCUGACAGUCUAAUCUCUCAAAUGUUGGGUUGAAUAGAAGAAAUGAGUUGUUUGUGUCUUCCACCCAAUCAUUGCCAUAUUUGGACAAUGCACUGGCUUCCCAUGUAAAAUUAGGUACUCAUUAAUCAGUGCUCUCAAUGCCAAUAAUGUAUUUUUUUCUUCAAAGCAGUAGUGAUUUCAUGCAAAUCAUCUUGAACAAGUGUUGAAAUUCUGUGUGGGCAUGCAGACUCAAUGGGGAAUCUGAGGAGACCAGUGUGGAUUUGGGUCUCCCAUUCAUGUCAGCAUUACCAGAGCUUCACGAGAACUAGUAAAGGACUGUGGCAAAACUUUAUCUUCAGAUUAGAUCCAAGCUUAUCUUCUCCAGGCCUGUUAGCUUUGAGGACCCAAAUUAAAGCAAACCCAGGGUCUUGAACUCAACAGUUUGGGUAUGAAACCAGGAAGUGUCAGGCCACUGGUAAAAUAAAUUCUGAUCGAGAUUGUGCAUUGUCUUUUGUGCAGAUAUGAAGUGGGACAGUGUGCUUGUAGAUGGGACACAGGUGUACCCAGAAGUAUUUAAUUCCAGAGUUGAAGUGAAGAAUCAUUUUCUUCCUCUCAGGAUGCUCACCAUUUUGAUGCUCAGGGGUUUUGCAAACCUGGGUUUAAGGUUUUGAGAUGUUGGCACACACCAAUGUUGCACACUGACCCUUCUUGCGAAUGGCUUCUGUCAAGUAAGCAACACUUCCUCACACGAGAUCACACAACACAUUCACGGUUCCAGCAGGUGCUGUCCUCUCAAUAGUGUAACAGGAUUUUGAACGCACAAAACUCUUUGUACGCUGAACAAUAUUUGUUUACUGCUAAUUAGAGAAUGUUAUCACCCUGACACUGGCUGAUAAAAAGUGCAUAUAUUUAAAUUCUCUUUCUGGAGUCUUGUCUUUUUAACUCCCUGUCCUGUCUUUUACAACAAUGGCAUAAAAUGACAUACAGCUGCAUAUUGACUGUAGAAUCACCCCCGCAGGUUGAAGCCUGCAAUUCAGUGAGAGAUUUUCUUGAACUUUUGUUCUGCCUGCAUUAAUAACUUUCUGAUAUUGUGGUUGUGCCAGUGGAAAUGAGCUUAUGGUGAUUCAAGUACAAUUCCUUUUAGUGUGUUGUUUUCCCUUGUGACUUGUCUGAGUAACUUGCACCAGCUCUGAUGUUCCUCCAUUAUUCCUCCAACAAUUUGCCUUGGCCAUGUUAAGCUGCUUUUCACUUGGGGAAAACCCUUCACCUGCAUAGUUUUUAUACACAGAUAUAUUUGUCUUUUUAUAUGUUAUGGUUCAAUGAAGAUUUUUAAAGUUGUAACUACAAAAAAAAACAGAUUAUAAAAUUUUAAUUCCAUGUACUAAUAUAUUUUUUUCCAUUGUCAU